GCUUCUGGAGUCCGGUUCCUGGGGGCCCCUCGACUACAAUUAAAAUGUUUGACGGCCCCUUCCUGUUCUUUACCUCGUCCCCGCUCUUCGCUCUGCUGCUCUUCGUCCUUGGCCAAGCGAGUCCCGAGACAGCUGUUGCAGAGCUGGCCGUGGUGAUUCCAGAGCAGGUUCCUCUUGGCAGGGUCCAUUUUCUGCAACCCCCCAAAAGUGGGCCUAACAAGGCUCAGAAGCGACGUUCCGUUUCCCUACCUGAAGAUGCUGCCCAGUUGCUUAUUCGCCUGCCUGUCGGUGCUGGGCUUCCUCCUACCUCUGAUGUCUACCUGAUGCUUCACCACGAUGAUCGGUUUUUGGCUCCUGGUUUCUCCGUAGAAGAAAUCAAUGAGAACCGAAGCAUGCGCCAUCAUCAGGCAGUAGAUCAGCUCUGCUUCUACACGGGCCAUGUGCUAAACCGCAGUCAUGACUCGUUGGCUUCGCUCAGCACCUGUGGUGGACUGGUUGGCCAUAUCCAGAUCGGUCUAGAACAGGUGCAGAUACAGCCUGUAAAUAGCUCUGAAUCCUCAUUUCAUGGGAAAGAGCACUACGUCAGGAGGAAGAGGUCCAGCCAGGGCCAUUCUUUGAAGUCAACGAUCCCCGUGGAGCACUGCAGUGUGUUACCAGAAAAAAAGAAGCCUCCAAAAGGUAAGCUUCUCCAUGACUGGAAAGGACGGAGGAAUGCCAUUCAUCUCACCAAUGAGUACACGGUGGAAACGCUUGUGGUGGCAGAUGCUGACAUGGUCCAAUAUCAUGGGAUUGAUGCGGCUCAAAGAUUCAUCCUUACUGUGAUGAACAUGGCCAGGUUGUCCAUAGGUCACCAUGGAGAGAGGUCCCUGGAAAGCUUUUGCCAAUGGCAAAAUGAAGAGUUUGGGGGUGCGAAGUACCUUGGGAACAAUCAGGUUCCCGGAGCACGAGAUGACACUCUUCCAGUAGAUGCUGCUGUCUUUGUUACAAGGACAGAUUUUUGUGUCCAUAAGGAUGAGCCAUGUGACACAGUGGGCAUCGCUUACCUUGGAGGAAUCUGCAGCUUGAAGAGGAAGUGUGUCCUUGCAGAAGACAAUGGACUCAACCUGGCCUUCACCAUUGCUCACGAACUGGGGCACAACAUGGGCAUGAGUCAUGAUGACGAUCACUUGUCCUGCGCUGGGAGAUCUCACAUCAUGUCUGGAGAAUGGGUGAAGGGCAGAAAUCCCAGUGACCUAUCCUGGUCUCCCUGCAGCCGAGAUGACCUUGAAAAGUUUCUAAAGUCUAAAGUCAGCAAUUGUUUGCUGGUAACAGACCCACGUAGCCGCUAUGCUGUCCGCCUGCCUUAUAAACUCCCAGGGAUGCAUUAUAGCGCAGAUGAGCAAUGCCAGAUCCUCUUUGGAACCAACACAACUUUCUGUAAGAAUAUGGAGCAUUUGAUGUGUGCUGGUCUCUGGUGUCUUGUGGAAGGAGAUGCCUCUUGUAAAACCAAACUGGAUCCUCCUCUGGAUGGGACAGAAUGUGGGGCUGACAAGUGGUGCCGAAUGGGGGAGUGUGUCAGUAAAACCCCCAUCCCUGAACACAUUGAUGGUGAUUGGAGCAUCUGGAGUCAAUGGAGCAUGUGCAGCCGGACAUGUGAAACUGGGGCCAGAUUCAGGCAACGCAAAUGUGACAACCCUCCGCCUGGCCCUGGAGGUAAGAAUUGCCAAGGAGCAAGCGUGGAACACACUGUGUGUGAAAACUUGCCAUGUCCCAGAGGAGUGUCCACCUUCCGAGACCAACAGUGUCAAUCUCAAGACCGCUCGACCAACAAGAAGAAAAGUCUAUGGACGGCUGUCAUCGUGGAUGGUAUGUUUCAGCAGAUGAAAACACGGCUACAUUUUUUAUACAGUGAUACCUUGAAAAUCGGCUGUGAUGGGAUCAUUGGAUCCUCUGCCAAAGAAGAUCACUGUGGCAUUUGUAACGGAAAUGGGAAAACCUGCAAAGUGGUGAAAGGUGACUUCAACCAUACGAAAGGGAUGGUCUCCAAUAGUCAAUGUAAGAAGGUUUCCACCUGUGUGAUGGCCAGGACAAAGGCAGUGCCCAAAUGUUUCUCAUGUUAUAUCGAAGCAGCCGUGAUCCCUGCUGGUGCUCGACGCAUCCGUGUGAUGGAGGACAAACCUGGCCACAGUUUUUUGGCUUUGAAAGAUUCCAGUAAGAAAUCCAUUAAUAGUGACUGGAAAAUUGAACUUCCUGGUGAGUUUCAGAUAGCGGGGACAACCAUUCGUUAUGUACGACGAGGUCUGUGGGAGAAGAUGUCUGCCAAAGGACCAACCAAAAUACCACUUCAUCUUUUGCUCGGACUGUUCGUUGUAUUCAUCUGCUUCAUUUUUGCUGCAGACUUCUUUGCGGCUUCAGCGGCCGUUGCUUCAGCAAUGGCUUCGUUUGUGGUGAUGUUGGGUGAAAGGAAAACCAUUGUGUCGUGCACCCAGAUUGUUAACAAAACUAUGAUGUUGGUGAACAACAGCGCUUGCCAGCGGGCAACUCGUCCUGAGCCACAAGUCAGAAGGUGUAAUGCCCAUCCUUGCCAGUCCAGGUGGGUCACAGGACAGUGGAGUCCUUGCUCUUCAACUUGUGCCAAAGGCCUCCAGCAUCGGGAAGUAACAUGUGUCUAUCAACUGCAGAAUGGGAGCUAUGUCAACACAAGAGAUCUCUACUGCCUUGGUCCCAAGCCAGCAACAAUACAGAGCUGCGAAGGCCGAGACUGCCUUUCCAUCUGGGAAGCUUCAGAAUGGUCUAAGUGUUCCUCUGAUUGUGGAAGGGGAAAACAGAAGAGAAAAGUCAUGUGUACCAACUCACAAGGAAAGUGUGACGCAGCCACAAGGCCGAGGGACGAAGAAGAGUGCGAAGAUCAUACAGGGUGCUAUGAAUGGAAAACCGGAGAAUGGUCCAAGUGUUCUUCAACAUGCGGCAAAGGCCUUCAGUCCCGUGUGGUCCAGUGCAUGCACAAAGUCACAGGUCGCCAUGGCAACGAGUGCCCCACCUUCUCCAAACUUGCAGCCUAUCGCCAGUGUCACCAACAGGCUUGCAACGAGAAAAUCAACGUCAACACAAUUACUUCCCCAAGACUCGCUGCUCUGACCUAUAAGUGCACGGGAGACCAGUGGGCCAUUUAUUGUCGAGUGAUCCGGGAGAAGAACCUCUGCCAGGACAUGAGAUGGUACCAGCGCUGCUGUCAAACCUGCAGAGACUUCUAUGCAAGCAAGAUGCAGCAGAAGAGUUCAUGAAAUCUGCCAAGGCUCCUUUAAGGGAAUUUAUAGCUCACUUGUACUUCUUCCUACGCUAUAUCGUUAACUUAUGGAACUCGUGGCCACAAGACGUGGCAAUGCCUAUUUCAGCUUAGAUUAGAUAAAAAUUAUAGGGGAAUUGGGUCUAUUGAUGGUGAAUAGCCAUGACAGCUAAGUAUAGAGCCUCUACAGAGAGAGGUCAAUCUACUUUUGAAAUGCAAAAACAACACAUUGGAAGGCCAUCAUCACCUUUUGCACGGCUGGACAUUAUUGAAAAGAAGAACCUGGACAGAGAUGGACCUUGAUUUGAUUCAGCAAAGUCAAUUGCAUCCAAAAAUUUCAAACGCAAAUAAUCUGUUUCAUUUCCAACACAAGUGACUCACCUCCGAUGAAUUCCAGGGCUUGCCUAGGAAGACUUGAAGCUCCUUUUGCAGACUGGAAUGAAAUGAAAGCAAAGUCACCACAGAAAGAAAGAAAGAAAGAAAGAAAGAA